CGUUAGGGCCUUAGGGAAGACGAGACGCCUCUCUGUCUCUCUCGCUCGCUGCUGCUGCUGCUGCUGCUUAGUUUCCCGCUCUCCACAAUACAUACCAAGCUCAAAAUCAGCAGUGAGUUUGAGAUAGUUUGUGGGUUGUGGAGUAUUGAAGUGCUGCAAUCAUGUUUGGCCGUGCUCCAAAGAAGAGUGAUAACACCAAAUAUUAUGAGAUUCUUGGUGUCUCAAACAGUGCAAGUCAAGAUGAACUCAAGAAGGCAUAUAGGAAAGCUGCCAUAAAGAAUCAUCCGGACAAGGGUGGCGACCCUGAGAAAUUCAAGGAGUUGGCUCAGGCUUACGAAGUUCUUAGUGAUCCUGAGAAAAGAGAAAUUUAUGACCAGUAUGGUGAAGAUGCACUCAAGGAAGGAAUGGGAGGAGGUGGUGCCUCUCACAAUCCUUUUGAUAUAUUUGAAUCAUUCUUUGGUGGAGGAGCUUUUGGUGGUGGUGGUAGCUCAAGAGGGCGGAGACAGAAACAAGGUGAAGAUGUGGUCCAUACAUUAAAGGUUUCUCUAGAGGACUUGUAUAAUGGAACGUCUAAGAAGCUUUCUCUGUCAAGAAACAUACUAUGCCCAAAAUGUAAAGGUAAAGGGUCAAAGAGUGGGGCAUCUGGAAGAUGUUAUGGAUGCCAAGGUACAGGAAUGAAAGUCUCAACCCGACAGAUUGGACCAGGCAUGAUCCAACAGAUGCAGCAUGUCUGUCCUGAAUGCAGAGGCUCAGGUGAGGUUAUCAGUGAGAAAGAUAGAUGCCCACAGUGCAAAGGGAGCAAGGUUACCCAGGAGAAGAAGGUGCUGGAGGUUCAUGUUGAGAAAGGAAUGCAGCAUGGCCAGAAAAUUGUUUUCCAGGGUGAAGCAGAUGAGGCUCCGGAUACCAUCACAGGAGACAUUGUUUUCAUGUUGCAACAAAAGGAGCACCCCAAGUUCAAGCGGAAGUAUGAUGAUCUCUAUGUAGAACAUACUCUUAGUUUGACAGAUGCUCUCUGUGGCUUCCAGUUUGCUUUAACUCACCUUGAUGGCAGACAGUUACUGAUCAAAUCAAAUCCUGGCGAGAUUAUCAAGCCGGGUCAACACAAGGCUAUUAAUGAUGAGGGGAUGCCACACCAUGGGAGGCCUUUUAUGAAGGGGCGACUGUACAUCCAGUUCAAUGUGGAAUUCCCGGAUUCUGGGGUUCUCUCCCCUGACCAGUGCCGCUCCUUGGAGACAAUCCUACCACCAAAACCGAGCAGCCACUUGUCAGAAAUGGAGCUGGAUGAGUGUGAGGAGACCACUUUGAAUGAUGUCAACAUCGAAGAGGAGAUGAGGCGGAAGCAGCAGCAACAACAGCAGGAGGCUUACGAUGAGGAUGAUGAGCCAUCAAUGCCUCGAGUGCAGUGUGCUCAGCAAUAGGCAUACUAGCUUUCAUCCGUCAUCCCCUUCUGCUUUUCAACCUUCCCCAGCCCAUGAUCUUGUGUUAGGAAAGUCCUGUUCUUACCAUGGGAUGUAUUCUCAUGUUAGUAUUGCUACUUUAAAGAGGUAGUCCAGACUGGUGGUACCAUCUGGCUGCCUUGAUUUAUAUCUCAGUGUCAUUUUUAUUCUAAUUUUGGAUAUUA